AUGUCUUUUUUUCCUGCAGUGGACCGCAGUUCGAAGAGGAGACAAGUGAAGCCUUUGGCAGCUUCGCUGCUGGAAGCUUUAGAUUAUGAUAGCUCUGAUGACAGUGAUUUUAAAGUUGGAGAUGCUUCAGAUUCUGAAGGAAGUGGUCAUGGGAGUGAAGAUGCAUCAAAGGACAGUGGUGAAGGUUCCUGUACUGAAUCAGAAGAAAAUAUCUUGGAGGAGGAACCAACAGAAGAGAAAGUAGAAGAGCAACAGCCAAAAAGCUCCACUGAAGAAGAGGUACCGACAGCAGACAAAGAGGUAAUUAAAACUGAAAAGAAAGAGCAGGAAGAUGAAGAAGAAAAGCCAAAAAAGAAGAAAGAGAAGGAGAAAGCAACUGAACCUGACACAGUGGCUGAUGAGCAAACAAAUGAACCAAAAAAAUGGAAUUUACGGAGGAACAGACCUUUGCUGGAUUUUGUAUCAAUGGAAGGGCUAAAUGACAUGGAUGACUAUGACAGUGAAGAUGACAAUGACUGGAGGCCUACUGCUGAGAAAAAAAAAGGUAAAAAUGCACUGCGAAAAGAGGGGAGUGAUGGAGAUAAUGAGGAUGAUGAAGAUGAUGGAAGUGGGAGUGAUGAGGAUGACAAUGAUGAGGAAGGCAAUGAAGAAGAUAACAGCAGCACCGCUAGUGAUGGAGGAUCCAAGAAGAAGAAGAGUAAAGUUCUUAACAGGAAUAAUGCAGAUGAUGAGGAAUUGACAAAUGAUAGCCUGGCUCUUUCACAAAGCAAGAGUAAUGAGGACUCAUUGAUCCUUGAGAAGUCUCAAAAUUGGAGUUCCCAGAAAAUGGACCAUAUUUUGAUUUGUUGCGUUUGUCUUGGAGAUAACAGUGAAGAUGCUGAUGAAAUCAUCCAGUGUGACAACUGUGGAAUAACAGUGCAUGAAGGUUGUUAUGGUGUUGAUGGAGAGAGUGAUUCUAUCAUGAGCUCAGCUUCAGAAAAUUCCACUGAACCUUGGUUUUGUGAUGCAUGCAAAUGUGGUGUCACACCUAGUUGUGAAUUGUGUCCUAACCAGGAUGGGAUCUUCAAAGAGACUGAUGCAGGCAGGUGGGUCCAUAUCGUUUGUGCCCUCUAUGUUCCGGGGGUGGCAUUUGGAGAUAUUGACAAAUUGCGGCCAGUAACGCUGACAGAAAUGAAUUAUUCCAAGUAUGGUGCCAAGGAAUGCAGUUUUUGUGAAGAUCCUCGUUUUGCCAGAACUGGGGUGUGCAUUAGUUGCGAUGCUGGGAUGUGCAGAGCUUAUUUCCAUGUGACCUGCGCUCAGAAGGAAGGCCUCCUCUCAGAAGCAGCAGCAGAAGAGGAUAUAGCUGACCCUUUUUUUGCUUAUUGUAAACAGCAUGCGGACAGGUUAGACAGAAAAUGGAAGCGGAAGAACUACUUGGCAUUACAAUCUUACUGUAAAAUGUCCUUGCAGGAAAGAGAAAAACAGCUCUCUCCAGAAGCUCAGGCUCGAAUCAAUGCCAGGCUACAGCAGUAUCGUGCCAAGGCGGAGCUGGCCCGCACCACCAGACCUCAGGCCUGGGUUCCCAGGGAGAAGCUACCACGACCACUUACUAGCAGUGCUUCAGCCAUACGUAAGCUCAUGCGCAAGGCUGAGUUAAUGGGAAUCAGUACAGACAUUUUCCCAGUGGAUACUUCAGAUACUAGUUCCAGUGUUGAUGGGAGACGAAAACACAAACAGCCAGCUCUCACUGCUGAUUUUGUGAAUUACUACCUUGAGAGAAAUAUGCGUAUGAUUCAAAUCCAGGAGAACAUGGCUGAACAGAAGAAUAUAAAGGAUAAAUUGGAAAAUGAGCAAGAAAAGCUUCAUGUGGAAUAUAACAAGCUGUGUGAGUCCUUGGAAGAGCUACAAAACAUGAAUGGAAAACUGCGAAAUGAAGGCCAAGGCAUUUGGGCUUUGCUGGGUAGAAUCAUUGGACAGAAAUUGAACAUACCAGCAAUUUUACGUGCUCCUAAGGAAAGGAAACCAAGUAAGAAGGAAGGAGGAACACAAAAGACAUCUGCACUUCCGGCUGUACUUUAUAGCUGUGGAAUUUGCAAGAAGAACCAUGAUCAACACUUACUGCUACUGUGUGAUACUUGUAAACUUCAUUAUCAUCUUGGUUGCCUGGAUCCACCUCUUACAAGGAUGCCAAGGAAGACCAAAAACAGUUAUUGGCAAUGCUCAGAGUGUGACCAGGCAGGUAGCAGUGACAUGGAGGCUGAUAUCGCCAUGGAAACCUUACCAGAUGGGACCAAAAGAUCAAGAAGGCAGAUUAAGGAACCAGUUAAAUUUGUUCCUCAGGAUGUGCCACCAGAACCGAAGAAAAUUCCAAUCAGAAACACGAGAACUAGAGGACGAAAACGAAGCUUUGUGCCCGAAGAAGAAAAACCUGAGGAACGGAUUCCCAGAGAAAGAAGACAGCGACAGUCUGUUCUACAAAAGAAGCCCAAGUCUGAGGAUUUAAGGACUGAAUGUGCUACCUGCAAAGGGACUGGAGACAAUGAGAAUCUAGUCAGAUGUGAUGAAUGCAGGCUUUGCUACCAUUUUGGCUGUCUAGACCCUCCCUUGAAAAAGUCUCCUAAACAGACUGGCUAUGGAUGGAUUUGUCAGGAAUGUGACUCUACGUCCUCCAAAGAAGAUGAAAAUGGAGCUGAGGCAGAAAAUCCAUCUCAGGAGCUGAAUUUGGAACAGAAAAAAUCCAAAAAAUAG